CCAUCUCUCCCUCCUCGUCAUCUGCAACACCCAGCCAGAUGAACGCAGCUGCAAUCGCCAGUUCCCAUUCUGGAAGCACAGAACGUCACUCUUGUGUUCCGACCUUAUAAUCUUGUGGUCUCUGCUCCUCCACCUUCUAUCGAUGCUGCUCACUCGAGCGCGGAUAAUGUGGUAACGACGACGAUUACUACGACGGUUGUCUAUACCGCUACUGCAACUCCGUCUUCAUAUUCAUCAUCCGCUGCUGGAAGCCCUAUGGCCGAUAUUGCUGCGCUUACCAUGACAUCUUCAUCAUGCUCGUCAAUGUCAGUAGCAUGCAGUUCGACAUCGACAUCGACAUCGACUUUGACACCCUCUCCUGCUGUCCACGCUGCUGCUGCAGCUUCAAGCACGGGGUCGUCUUCUUUGCAAGCAACUUCUACGGGCUCCGCUACCAUCCAAGCUGCAUCGUCAUCGAUACCACCCUCUCCCCCUGUCCAUGCUGCCAUUAUCGCCUCAAGUCUAGGGUCAUCAUCUUCUCAGGCAACCUCCCCGGACUCGGCGACUAGCACCCAAGCUACAUCACCACCAUCGAUACCGCCCUCCCCAUCUGUUCACGCUGCCAUCGUCGCUUCAAGCCCGGGGCUGUCGCCGUCUCAGUCAACCCCCACGGGCUCGUUGAGCACCAUUCAAGUAACAUCAUCAUCGAUGGGGCCCUCUCCAUCUGUCCACGCUGCUAUCAUCGCUUCAAACCCAGUAUCGUCAUCUUCUGAAGCAAUCUCCAUGGGCUCGGCGACUACCAGUCAAGCGGCAUCGACUUCGCAGCCCGUGAGGGGCUCACUAGAAAUCGAGUUCGUCCCGAUUGCAGAUCCACCGUCUUCUACGUCCAUCACUUCAUCUUCCCUGCCAUCAUCUUCCUCAUCUUCCUCACCCACCUCUUCCAUCUCUCCCUCCUCGUCAUCUGCAACACCCAGCCAGAUGAACGCAGCUGCAAUCGGAAGCCUUGUUCAUCUGCCCUAACCGCAACUCGAUCAGAAAGGUCUCUCGUAACGCACAAGCAAGUAAAAUUCGUGGAUGACAAACACCUGACUGUAGUACAUGUUAUCACAGUCUGUGCCUAAAAACUACAUAUAACACCAAUGACGUCUGUAAACUUUGUAUUUACGAGCCGGAAACACUUUAAGAGAAGGAAUGAGAGCAAUAUAUUCCGCUGCCUGCUUGUCGAAUUUUGAGGUCCCCGCACCAAAGUGCAGGACCUCCAGAGGACACUUUGACCGUGCUAAAAAUGCUUUAAACUCCUCGUGAGGCCACUCAAGCUGUAUCCCUUCAUUGGCAAUAAAAUUGCGCAAGUUGAGGAGUGACAGGGCAUCAAGCAUGUAGGGGAGUGAUGCGAGCGAUUCAGAAGAACUAAUAUGCAAGAGUUGAAGCUUCUCGUGCGUACAUAGCUUUACCGGUAAGGGGGGUUCAGGGUGCAUGUCCAUUAUGAAAAUC